UGCUGUUUGGCGCUUGUCGGUUGCCGUCGUGGCCGGGUUCGCCCUGUUGAUAUGCUGGAAGCAAUGGUGGUUGUCUUGUCAGUCGAUUCGCAGUUACUGCCAUGGUCGGAUUGAAUUUUUCGUCCUGUCACUGUUGAUUGUUUCUUGAAAGGCGUCUGUGGUGCGAUGGGACCUGUCUAGUGCGUGAAAUUCCCCAAAAUUGUGUAUGUGUGCAUCGUCUGGGAAAAAGAAAAGCUGUGACCCUCUUGAAUGGAUAUUUGUGUUACGUUUAGCGUUUUGUGAAGAGGCAUUAUGGCCUAAAGAGUUGUCCUAAUUGAGGAAACUUCUAUUUUUGUUUUGUUGUGGUGGAACUAUAUACUUUACGAGCAUCAACAUUUUUAUCUGUUUAUUUGGGCAAACUAAAUCAAGCUGCCUUCGAGUGGAACGCUUCGUUGUUGAUUCUUUUGUUAGUACGUUCCCCCGUUAAUUCUGACAUCGUUUGUCUGCAGAGGGUCUCAUGAGGAGUGAAAGAUGCUGUGACGUUGUACUUUAGCAAUAAUUACCAAAUCAAACCACCGAAAGAAACAACGAAUUCUCAGAGGAUAGAUUUACAAUUACUUACCGCUUCGAAGAAUUACACUACUAGUAUUCAUCUUCAACAGCCAUCGAAUAAUUUCAUCGAGUCCGAGACCGAGCUACGUGCCACAUUAGCUAGAGUCUGUUUCACUGCCAACAUCACCUUGUUAGAACAGAUCCCCUCUUUCCCAUACCUGCCAUCAUCACUAAACAAGUCAUCAAAAUUGCUUCCCCAACACCAUCGUCGGAGGCUUCACCAGCCACAGCAGAGCCCGAUUCGGGCCCCGUCAAAAUGCGUCUGAAAGGCGCGCGAAAAAGCUUCAGACGGCACAGAGGCAAGCAUGGAAUGGAGUUUCCCCAACCCAGUGAGGUAACCGAGGCAUCGCUGGAACUAUGGCGAACCCUCCCAACCAAGAUCCGGCAGGACCCGAGCAUGGUGUCGUUCCAGCAGGUUGAACUCGAACACUCCCGGCUGCAUGCCAGCAUACAUGGAUAUUCGCGGGGUCCAAGUCCCGUCGAGGCUCAUUUUUGUGAAGGUGAUGAUCAUGAGGAUUCUUUCCCGGAAAUUCAACCGAUGGAUGACGACGAGGUCGAAGAGGAAGCGGACGAGGAAGACGAUGAGGAUAACGGAAACGAAUUCAUCACCAUCAAUGUCACCAACGAACAGGGCGAAAACAAGGAACUGGAGCACAUCAAGGAGAAGAAGGAUAUCCCCAAACCACACGUACACCACCUGGUAGGCCAUUUCAUCGGAAACAUCACCCCACCGAAACACGAGGACAUCGACACCGGGCAGAACCACCUGGAUGAUGAGUAUCCUUUCCGCAAGUAUUCCAAGAUCAUCUGCCUGUUCAUCACGUGGAUGGUGAUCAUGGUCUUUUUGGUGGCGAAGGAUGAAAAAAUGGUCCACCCCAAACAACUGUCGAUCCAGGCCGGAAAAACUAGAAGUUACAUCUUGCCCGAGUUACCGCUCAGUUCGAAGGUUAACUUUUACUUCGAGGGCACCUUUUCCGGGGAGCCGUACAGCAACAUUACCGAGCACUAUUUGACUAUUUAUUUGCAAUCGCUCACGUCAACUUUGGAGGGAAAUGAAACUGAACUGUUAAACUCGGGAUCGGUACAUAACAUUAGCGAUACGUGGCAUGUUCCGAUCGUGCAUCCGUAUCUGUUUGACAGUGCACCGAUCCUCAGAAAGCAGCAUAGUUUCGAUAUCAGUGACAAUAAUUAUGAACGAAUCCACACCAAGAGAAGUGCGGUUCGUUUGAUGCUGAAGAGCAAUGUUAAGGCGAGUGUUCCGAUCGCAAUGAGGUACGAUCAUAGCCCUGUGAAUCGGGAUAUUGGGGUAAUCUACGCAGCGUUUGUGUUGAUUUUCAUGUACGCGUUGAUCAUCUGGGAGGUGGUUCAUCGGACGUUUGCAGUGGUGAUUGCUUCGACCCUGGCCAUCUCCAUCCUGGCAGCACUAGAUGAUCGGCCGACGAUGGAGGACAUUGUGGGGUGGAUCGACGUGGAGACGAUUUUGCUGCUAUUUUCGAUGAUGAUACUGGUGGCGAUUUUGGCCGAGACGGGUAUCUUUGACUAUUUGGCUGUUUAUAUUUUCAAGAUUACCAACGGAAAAAUCUGGAGCCUCAUCCACUGUUUAUGUAUAUGUACAACGCUAAUCUCCGCUUUCCUAGACAACGUGACUACGGUGCUUCUGAUGGCUCCUAUAACCAUACGAUUAUGCGAAGUUAUGGAUAUGAAUCCGGUACCGGUGCUGAUGGCCAUUACCGUCCACGCCAACAUCGGUGGAACAAUGACUCCGGUUGGAGAUCCACCAAACAUCAUCAUCACGUCGAACCAAUAUAUUUUGAAACACGGUGUUACAUUUCUGACGUUUACUGCACAUAUGACGGUCGGCGUGAUCAUCGUGGUCAUUGCAACGAACAUCCACUUGCGGUUGAAGUACAAGAACAUCAACAACCUCCGAAUGCACGAACCGAAGGAGAUGAAAGAACUGAGACGCAACAUCAAGGCUUGGGAAAGGGCUGCUGGUAAAAUUCCGCCGUACUCUAAAGAUGCCAACAUCGUGCGGGAAACGCUAAUGAAGAAGGUCCGAUUGCUGCGCCAUGAGUUGAAAAAGAAAAUGACCAAGGGGUGUGUUCCGCAAGAAAUCUACCGAUCCACAUUAGAAGAACUCCAGAAGGAGCAUCCAAUCAAGAACAAGGGCUUGCUGAUCAAGUCUGGGGUGGCGUGCGCUUUCAUCAUCUCCUUGUUCUUUGUCGAAUCGAUUCCAGAGCUGCGGCGGAUGUCUUCAGGCUGGGCAGCACUGCUGGGUGUAAUGCUGUUGCUGAUAAUAUCCGACAAAAAUGACAUGGACGCGAUCCUAUCACGUAUAGAAUGGCCAACACUGCUCUUUUUCGCCGCCAUGUUCACGCUGAUGGAAGCGGUUGAGCGGAUGGGAUUGAUCGAUUGGAUCGGUCAUGCCACGGAAUCAAUAAUCCAGUCGGUAUCGGAGGAUCUACGGCUGACAGUGGCCAUCUUCAUCAUCUUGUGGAUCUCGGCUCUGAUGUCGGCCUUCAUGGAGAGCAUCCCGGUGACAGCCAUGAUGGUUAAGAUUGUGGUGGCUCUGUCAGAGAAAACAACACUUGGACUUCCUUUGCAGCCGCUGGUAUGGGCAUUGGCCUUCGGUCCUUCACUCGGAGGUAACGGAACACUGGUUGGUGCAUCGGCAAACGUUAUUUGCGCUGGCAUUGCGGAACAACACGGCUACAGGUUCAGUUUCAUGGACUAUUUUAAACUUGGAUUUCCCAUUAUGCUGGUCAGCGUGAUAGUAACGACCGGUUACCUAAUCACGGCUCACGUUGUGUUCGCAUGGCAUUGAAAAUGCACUGCUUGAACCUGUUGGAACUGGUUCGAAAACUCCACAACUCAUCACUUUGAUGCCAAGCUAAAAGUGAGCUCUAAUCCAUCCCUGGGAUGAUAAAUCGUUUGUAUUUAUAACUGCAUUAUUAUUCGCUUUACAUAGGAAGUAAGAUCCAAUCUGAAUCAAAAGUGCUAUAGCUUUAUAGAAUUCUAUAUUUCUAUCUGGUUAUGAGAGUAGUUUCAUGUGCGUUAUCAAAACUGUUCGUUUUUGAAUUGUCUCCAUGGAAGUUUUUUCUUUCUCUGUGUCAGUAAAGUUACAUCUAUUUGUCUUGUCAAUCAGAGUAAGUGAAAUUUUUAGUAUGAUACGAAAGUUGUAAUUCGAUAAAACAUGUCAUUCAUUAAAUGGAAAA